AUGAAAAUCAUCCUCGCCGGAACAACCGGGCUCGUAGGCCAAGAGGUCCUCACCCAGUGCCUGGCCCACCCCUCAAUCACCUCCAUCCUCGUCCUGUCGCGCGUGCCACCCUCGCGCGCGUCAGCUGACGAAGAGGCCUCCCGGCGAGUCACGCUGGAGUAUACCAUCCAGGCAACCGUAGCAUUCAACGAGGCCUUUACUGCUUCUCUGGUCGGAACAGGACGAGAAGAAGCCCUUUCCGCGGCCGGCUCAAAAUUCCGCUUCGUGUACUUCAGCGGCGGGAUGGCGGAGCGCGAUCAGACGAAGUCUUUGUGGGUGAUGGCGGGGUAUCGUCGGUUGAGGGGCCAAGCCGAGCACCCCGCCACGUUCGAGUCAUAUAUCAUGCGUCCGGGCAUGGUGCUCAGUCGCCAGGGGACACUGGCCGAUCGGGUCCGGAGUCUGGCACCCUCCGUGCGGGUGGACGUGUUGGCGCGGGCGGCGGUCGAUCUUGCUGUUCGGGGUCAUUCGGAGAAGAUCUCGGAGAAUGCCCGGAUUACGGAGUAGGAGGGUGUUGGUGGGCGAGAGAGUUGAUCUUGUUUAGUGGUCGUGUCGAUGGCAAUUGUAGACUGAAAGUCCCCUUUUCAAGUUCCGGGUGCCAGGCAACCACAACUCUUACACUGAAGUCUAUACCCAAGAUAUAGCUAGAGACAGACUUAUUUCGCCUUUAAAACCAAAAGGAUGAAGUUCUAAGCCCCAAACUACUCAAUUUACAAGAAGACAACUUAAGCUUUGUCAAGAGCCCUCAAG